CACGUGCAUGGAGGGAGGUAGAACGUAGCUCUCGCUCGUUCGUUCCUCUCGCACGUUCUAGAGGGCUCUGGGGUGCCGCGCAUUCAUCCGAGCUUUCGGUCUCGCUCGUCCGUGUUUCAGUCUCCCCCGAAGCAUCCCGCGUGAAAGUGCCUUUCACUCGACACUGUUUCUUCGAGGAGAAUCCUCUGUGUUCGUACGAAAAGUCCAUGAAGUGUCCCGUCAUCGAAAUGCGCGUGUGACCGAGAACGAGAGCUUGUGCGUGGCUCGACCCACUUUCCUCCCCUCUCCUCCAUCGACAUGGCGACUACCUCUUCCUACGAUAACCCGAGUUAUGUGGAAACCGAGAACGGGGACAUUGGAGCGGGGAAAAAGGGCAAGACGGCGAAGGACUUCGACAAGUAUCGCCUCGAAAGACUGGACACCCGAGAUGCGGAAGAGAGGCCGGAUCCGGACACGCAGUGCGGGGUGGGGGCGUGCCGACCGGGAUUCCUGCAAUGCUGUGCCAACAUCUACGGGUUUGGGGUGCUCUAUUGCAUCAUCUCGCUCAUACAGGGCUGCUAUUUCACCUACUUCCUCGCCACCAUUUCCACGGUCGAGAAACGCUUCGGGAUCCAGAGUCGAAACAUGGGUUUCAUCAUGGCCGGGAACGAGGUGAGCCAGAUCAUCUUCUCCCUGAUCCUGAAUUUCUACGGUGGUCGCGGUCACCGACCCCGGUGGAUCUCCUGCGGGAUGUUCGCGGUCAGCUUGUCCUGUCUGUUCAUGGCCCUGCCGCAUUUCAUACUCGGGCCCGGCGAGGAUGCGAAGGAGCUCCUCGCGCAGGCCAGGAAGUCUCUCGUCGGCAACUUUUCGCAAGACGAACUCCAGAGCGCGUCGCUGUGCAGCGCCAACGGGACUCGACUGGACGCGUCCUGCGAGGGGAACAACAACGAGGCGGUCGUGGCCGGGGUCCUCAUCUUCUCGGGGUUCUUCGUCGCCGGCGUGGGGCUCUCCGUCUUCUACACCCUGGGGCUCACGUACUUCGACGAUCACAUCAGGCAGCAUCUCACGCCGGUCUUCAUCAGCGUGACGAACGCGAUCCGGACGGUGGGUCCGACUCUGGGCUUCGCACUCGGAUACGUCUGCCUCUCGCUCUAUGUGGAGCCCUUCGAGGACCCCGGGGUGACCAAGAGGGACCCAAGAUGGAUCGGAUCCUAUUGGCUAGGUCUGUUUCACGUUUCUUUCUUCCGGGUUGUUUUUAUGGAGGGCAUCGAAUUGGGGUCGGGUGAAGAAGGAUGGAUCCUGAUCGGGAUCUUGCUGACGGUGGCCGCCGCGGCGCUCUUCUUCUUCCCUCGCCGCCUGGAGCUGAAGGAAGACAAACCGGGAGAGGCAGACGCCGAGAAGGUGGAGGGCGACUUCCUCUCCGGGCCUGCCAUCGAUUCCUCGCCUCCCAAACUCAAGGAGAUGCCCGAGACGUUGGGUCGAAUCCUGCGGAAUCCUCUUCUCAUGUGCCACGUCACAGCCAUCACCUUGCACAUUUUGGGGUUCAUCGGCUUUUUCUCCUUCUCGCCCAAAUACCUGGAGUCGCAAUUCCGGACCUCGGCCGCCAAUUCUUCCGCUUUCGCCGGUGGAGCGCAGGCGGUGGUGCAAUGCAUCGGGAUGGUGGCAUCCGGGAUCGUGCUCUGGAGAUUCCGUCCCAGGGCCCGAUGGGUGGUCGGGUGGAACAUAAUGGUUGGGAUCUUAUACGUCGCGGGGAUGCUCUUCGCCAUGCUCAUCGGAUGCUCCAACAUCUACAUGCACGGUCGGCCCAACCUCGACGGCAGCCUCUCGGUCGAGUCUCCCUGCAAUGUCGGCUGCGACUGCAGGACGAACAAGUACCUCCCUGUGUGCAGCGAGGACGGCGCCAUUCACUUCUAUUCUCCCUGCUUCGCCGGCUGCACUCGCGUGCUCAACGCCACGGGGCCUCAGACGGUGUUUGGGGACUGUCGUUGCAUCGUGGAAGCCGUGGAGGACCUGGGAAACCAGACGGACUGGACCGGCGUGUACAGCCUGAAGCGAACCGUGAACGGCGAAACCGACGAGGACAUGUUCGUUCGACCUGCCUCGGCAAUCGAGGGAUUCUGCAGCGAGAGCAUCUGCUCCAACGUCAUCCUCUACCUCGGCGUCAUCGCCACCAUCAAACUGCUGUCCUCCACUGCCCGUACCAGCUCCACCCUCGUCGCCAUCAGGUCGGGUUCUACUUUUUCCUUCGAGUCUGCUAAGGGCUCGUCUUGA